GUUAUCAUUCAUAAAAUAAUGCAUGAGAGCUUUAAAAAUAGCACUCUGACUUCGCUAUUAAAAUAAUGACAUUUAUUUUUUUUAAAUCAAAAUUAUAAAAUAUUUUAAUGUCAAAGACAAAACUAGACAAAAUCGAUGAAGAACUUGAAAGUUUGCAGCUUGAUAGACCGACAGCAGGAAAGACUCCAGCUCAACUUCAGAAACAUUCAAUAGACCCACAAUAUGAUCAGAAACCUAUUGAAAGAAGUCUUUAUAUCCUCACGAAAGGGGAUGAUAUCCAAAAACUAAGUGUUAUUCAGUCACUACCGUCCCUAUUGCAAAAAGAUCGCAAUGGGACUCUCACAAGAAUCAUACCGAAGAUUCAACAAGAACUUCCUAUCAAUACAUCCUCCGAAUUUCAUUUGGCCACCAGCAACGUAUUUAAAAUCCUUAUCGAGAUGAAACUCGAUUUAAACUUGAUGCGGCCUGUUUUUCAAGGUAUAGACAGUAAAGAUCCCGUUGUGGCAGCUGCUUGGAGCGAGACGUUAAUCCAAGUCAUCAAAUGUUUAUCCGAAAAUGACAUUAAACAUGAUGUCCUACCAUUUGCAGUAAAAUUAUCUCAAAUUAACAGGCCUACAUUUUAUAGAAUCAAUGCUUGUAAAAUACUUGGACAAGUUGCUAUACAUCCCAAGAUAACAACAUUCGACGUCAAGAAGGAUAUUGUCCCUUUGACUCAAAGUCUUUGCCAAGAUUGUUUAUAUGAAGUUCGAGCAGCAAUGUGUACAGAGCUGCCACAUGUCGCAAAAGGUUUAUCAAAUGACGCAAACGUUAGAAUUUGUCUUCUACCUUGUCUCGUAGAAUUAUCAUGUGAUGAAAAUAUGCAAGUAAGAGCUGCUGCCGUCGAUGCUGCGAUACUUCUUAUACCAUGUUUAAAUGCAGACACGGUAAAAACCACUGCUAUACCAUUGGUGAAAAGACUGUGUACCCAAUGUACAAAAGAAGGCGACUUAACUUUUCCAGCCGUUGCAAAAAUAUAUGGAAAAUUACUGACCAACCUGCAGAAUUAUUUGUCCGAAGCAGAUAGUGUAUGGUUUUUAGAUAAUUUCAAAGAACUAUCUCAUAGAGGAUUGUCAAUAAGUGAUCCAGAUGUCGAUAUUGAUCCUACAAUGGCGGUGUCUUGUAGAGAAUACUGCGCCUUGAAUCUUCCAGCUGUGACAUUUUUCGUGACUGUUCAAAUAAAGUCUGAACUCAACAAAUGGUAUUUAAUAUUCCAGGAUUUGGCUGGAGAUCCUUGCUACCUCGUUAGGAAAACUAUAGCUGCCUGCAUUUACGAAAUUGGAACAACACUAGGUGUUGACAGUAAAAUAAUACUGAUCGACUUCCUUAAACUCAUUCGAGACGAUUCAGAAGAAGUCUUAGAUGCUCUAGUUCCGAAUAUAGGACCUAUUCUGGUCAUGUUUACUUCUGUGGGUGUUUUGUCAAGAGAUAAGACGACUCAAGCAACACUUGAUAUUGGUAGAGGUCUGUUGAAAUGUCAAGUAGAGAUCUAUAGUAACUAUAAUUGGCGGAGGAGGAUGGCGUUUUUAGUACAGUUGGAAGAUUUGCCGACGUGUAUGCCAAGCGAUUUUAUUCACCAACAUUUUACACCUCUUGUUCUGAAAUUGUCACUGGAAUCGAGAGCAAGACCGGUCAGGACGCAGGCAGCUAGGACACUACUGAUUUUUCUUAGAUAUAACGUAAAAGAAAAUCACAGAAAGUGGAUAAGAGAAAGCUUAAUAAACAAUUUAUGUAAUUCUAAUAGCUGUUACACUAGACAUAUAUUCAUCAACAUGUGUUACGAAGCAGUCAAAAUAUUCAGCAUGAAGUACUUCAAAGAACACUUCUUUUUACCAUUACUUUCACUUGGAGAUGAUCCCGUAUCCACUGUCCGUCUGUGCGUAGUAAACUUCUGUCCUACAUUGAAACAAAUGCUCGUGUUGCCUGUUGAAAGAAAUCUCCAAAUGAAAUUGGAGAACUUCGUAUCGCGACUGGAAAUGAUGGAACAAGAUAAAGAUGUAAUUGCCACUUUGAAGAAAAAGUUACGGGAAAUGCGGGCGCCACAAUUCGGCAAACAAGAAGGAUUGCUCGAAGAUAAGCGGAAAAUGGAAGAAGAGGACAGAGUACAGCAAGGGAAAUCUUUACCGAACGCCUCAUCCAAAAUGCCCGGAGGAAUCGCUGCACCCGUUGCCACCCAAAGACUUAUAAGAGAGCCAUCUCGUAAACAACAAAUACAACCUCAAUCAUCUGGCAUAAUUGGACGGACACAGUCACAACAGUCCAGUACAAGCGAAAUGAGCUUCUUAGAUCAACAUUUCUACAUAGACGCUGGCGUAGCUCUUCCCGACACUGCUUCUACUACUUCUCUUACUUCUGUCGAGGACAACCUAUCACUUCUUUCAUUAGAUCCGCCUCAGAACAAAGAAGAAGAAAUAUCUACAGUUUCAGUCGAAAAUACCAACAUAGAAAAUAUGUCCGACGAAGAUUUAUUAGAACUAAAAACGUCUACUACGAAUAUUACUGACGAUGUUAAAGUAAAUAUCGAGAAGAAGGCUGGUAGUAAGUUAUCCUCGGAAGGAGUGAAGAAACGAAACAAGAGAAAUUCUUGCUUCUUCGUUAGCGACAUUCCAAAAAAUGCUUCUGCGGUGCAUUUAAAGCGCAGAAGUUUGAAUAUUGGUGGAAAUGAGACGAGCAGAAUUCCUGUCGUAACUAAAAACUUAGCGGACAAAUCUAAUAUAAGGAGAAUUAAAACGAAAGUCGAAAAAACCGAAGUUGUACAUAAAACUAAAUCUAAAAUAAAAACCCCAACUUUAAAGACUGAUGAUGUUGAAAGUAGAGUUAAGGAUAAAAAUGCAAAUGAUUGUAAUAUUAAUGGCAAUAAAAGUAGUCUAGGUAACAAAGAAGUUAAGGAGAAUCUGCCAAUAAAUACCAGUAUUAAGGAUAAAAUAUCAAUAAAACAACCUAGUACAACCAAAACUUCCAAUUUACCAGUAUUAAUAAGACGUAUAUCCCAAAAGUAAUCAACGUGUUCCUUUAAUGAAACAAUACAUAAAGAUGACCUUAGUUCAGGUGAAAGUUUUUAGUAAAAGAAACUGCAUAUACCUCUACAGACUUUCUGUACUCUUUCAUGUUAGAAAAUUUUUAGACUGGAUAAUUAUAUACUAUUAUUUAUUUAUAUAUCUAUGUACAAUUAAUUUUUAUACAAUAUUAUUAAUCUAUUAAAGUGUUUUUAUUUUUACAAUACUAUAUAUUUUGUUAACUGCUACGUAUUUAUAAGUUAUUAAAUAAAUAGAAAUAAAUACAGUAUGUUACA